AUGUGUGCAGAGGUGACCUGGGGGCGCAUGCAGCGCAGCAAGCCCGGGGGCCCCGGGGCCCCACAGGCAAAAACAUUGAGGUGGUAUUUGCUAUCAGGUGGCAGCCGGAAGAGCCCAAGAGAGCUAGGUGGUAUUUGCUAUCAGGUUGAGUGGGAGGGGCCCCAGCAAUUCAGGGCCCUCGCCUCUCGUGCUGCUGCUCUGGGGUUUGCUGCUGUUGCUGCUAACGUGUACAUACACCUGCCGCCACCGCGGCAGCAGCAGCAAGCAGCAGCAGCAGCAGCAGCAGCAGCAACACCAGAAGCAGCAGCAGCAGCAGCUCUGGCGAAGGCCGUGAAGCAGGGGCUGCCCUUUCAGCACCCCCUCUCUCUCCCUGUGCCCCUCUCGCCCCCAACCCUACCAGCAGCAGCAGCAGCAGCAGCAGCAGCACCAGCAGCAGCAGCAGCAGCAGCAGGUGCAGCAGCAGGUGCAGCAGAACAGCAGCAGCAGCUGCUGCAGUGGCUGCCAGACACUGUACCUGCGCUGUACUCUCACACCACUCAGCAGCAGCAGCAGCAGCAGCAGCAGCAGCAGCAGCAGCAGCAGCAGCAGCAACAGCAGCAGCAGCGCACCAGCAGCACCAGCAGCAGCAGCAGGUGCAGCAGCAGGUGCAGCAGCAGGUGCAGCAGAACAGCAGCAGCAGCUGCUGCAGUGGCUGCCAGACACUGUACCUGCACUGUACUCUCACACCACCCAGCAGCAGCAGCAGCAGCAGCAGCAACAGCAGCAGCAGCAGCAGCAGCAGGUGGGUCGCGGUUGCGGCCCUCUAAGCAGCAGACAAUGGGUAGAUAUAUUCCCGUAUCAGCAGCAGCAGCAGCAGCAGCAGCAGCAGCAACAGCAGCAGCAGGUGCAGCAGCAGCAGCAACAGCAGCAGCAACUCUGCCCUUCACCAUACGCCGACGGCAUGUGCUGCAGGCAGCGAGGCGGGGUGUUUUCUUUGAGGUUUCUCUUGCGGACUUGCUGCAGCAGCAGCAGCAGCAGCAGCAGAGCGGUGCUGCUACAGCAGCAGCAGCAGCAGCAGCAGCAACAGGCACAGCAGCAGCAGCAGCAGCAGAGAAGCGGGGUGCAUGCAUUGAGCUGCUAGCUGUGCAGCCUACAGAUGAGGAGACGUGGCAGUUCGCCUGCAGCAGCUGCGAGUGUGACAUCAUUGCUAUUGACUUUGCUGCUGCUGCUGCUGCUGCUGCUGCUGCUGGUACAGGUGCAGCAGCAGCAGCAACAGCAGCAGCAACUCUGCCCUUCACCAUACGCCGACGGCAUGUGCUGCAGGCAGCGCGGCGGGGCGUUUUCUUUGAGGUCUCUCUUGCAGACUUGCUGCAGCAGCAGCAGCAGCAGCAGCAGAGCGGUGCUGCUUGGGUCGAGGUUGCGGCCCUCUAA